AUGAGUGCAGAAAAACAUGAUUGGUCAAGUCUUGUUGGUAAAGAUGGUAACGAAGCUGUGGAGAUAAUUAAAAAAGAGACGGGUUUCUCAAGUGUAGACAUUAUACCACCUGAUACGAUGUGCACCAAGGAUUAUCGAACAAAUCGGGUUAGAGUUUAUGUCGAUAAACAAGGCAAAGUAACAAGUACUCCUAAUAUUGGUUAA